AUGGGAAAUAGUGGAAGUUCAUUAUCAGAUUUAAAUUUAUUUUCCAAAGGCGGUGUAUUUACCCGUGAGCAAUUAGAUGAAUAUCAGGAUUGUACGUUUUUUACACGAAAAGAUAUUAUUCGAUUAUAUAAACGAUUUUAUGCAUUAAAUCCUCAAAAAGUGCCAACGAAUAUGCAAGGAAACAGACCGUCAAUUGUCUCCCUGACGUUCGAGGAGAUCGAGAAGAUGCCGGAACUGCGUGAAAAUCCAUUCAGACGACGCAUCUGUGAAGUAUUCUCUGAAGAUGGAAGAGGAAAUUUAACUUUUGAUGAUUUUCUUGACAUGUUUUCCGUAUUUUCCGAAAUGGCUCCAUUACAGCUGAAGCUUAAAUAUGCUUUUCGCAUAUAUGAUUUUGAUGGUGAUGAUCAUUUGGGACAUGAUGACUUAUCAAAAAUGAUUCGAAGUUUGACACGAGAUGAGUUAACAGAUGAAGAAGUAGAAUUCAUUAUUGAAAGAAUAAUAGAAGAAGCUGAUUUGGAUGGUGAUGAUCGAAUCAAUUAUGCAGAGUUUGAGCAUGUUGUUAGUCGAUCACCAGAUUUCAUUCGAACAUUUCAUAUCCGAAUUUAA